UUUCACACACCUUUCAACACGGGAUAUCUGUGUGGAUGCCCCACUCUCGUUAACGGCGGUGGUUUCGAAUUUCCCGGCGCGGUUGUUCCGUCUUUCGUGCUGUAUACACGAUUUUUUUAUAUCAUCUGCGCGACUAAAAUCUCAGUUGUUUCAAGUGUUGGUGUAACUGUCGACAUUGGCUGAAUCUCAGCUCUCCGGCGGUGUGCUCGGGAAGAUUCGAAGGUGUCAUCUCUCCUGCGACUGAGGAACGGAAUUAGGUAUGACUGAAGAAAUCAACUACAAAAAGAAAGGAUUAGACCUCGAGGCGGGGAGUAGCCAUCGUGAUUAUCCGGAGGAUGAAGACGAUGGCGCUGGACCGUUCGACAUUGUUCGGACGAAGAGAGCACCAGUGCACCGGCUGCGUAGGUGGAGGCAAGCAGCGCUUGUCCUAAAUGCUUCACGAAGAUUUCGUUAUACAUUGGACUUGAAGAAAGAAGAAGAGAGAAGGCAGUUAGUUGCUAAGAUUAGAACACAUGCUCAAGUCAUUAGGGCUGCUGUCUUGUUCCAAGAGGCUGGAAAAGUACUGCCUGGUGCAGUAACUUCAACUUUACCAUCAAGUCCUACUCGAAGUGUUGAUUUUGGCAUCAGCUCAGAAGAACUAGUGGCAAUAUCUAAGGAGCACGAUGUUUCUCUUUUGCAGCGAAAUGGGGGGGUUAAAGGAUUGGCCGAAAAGUUAAAAUCUAAUCAGGACAAUGGUGUAUCUGGGGAUGAGUCUGACCUCAUAAAGAGGAAGAACGCAUUUGGGUCGAACACAUAUCCUCGAAAGAAGGGGAGGAGUUUUUGGAGGUUUGUCUGGGAUGCUUGUCGAGAUACUACUCUAAUAAUUUUGAUGGUUGCUGCAACUGCUUCCUUGGUACUGGGCAUAAAGACUGAGGGUAUAAAAGAAGGCUGGUAUGAUGGAGGAAGCAUUGCCUUGGCGGUUUUUAUAGUCAUUGUUUUUACAGCUGUAAGUGAUUACAAACAAUCCCUUCAAUUUCAGAACUUGAAUGAAGAGAAGGAAAAUAUACAAAUGGAGGUGAUAAGGGGUGGACGCAGGACUAAGAUUUCAAUAUUUGAAAUAGUUGUUGGUGAUGUCCUGCCUCUUAAAAUUGGUGAUCAGGUGCCAGCAGAUGGACUUGUAAUAUCCGGCCACUCCCUCUCAGUUGACGAAUCAAGCAUGACUGGAGAAAGUAAAAUUGUUCACAAAGAUCCUGUACGAUCACCUUUUCUUAUGUCUGGAUGCAAGAUUGCUGAUGGGUAUGGGACAAUGCUGGUAACUAGUGUCGGAAUAAAUACUGAAUGGGGAUUACUUAUGGCAAGCAUAUCAGAAGAUAAUGGCGAGGAAACACCAUUACAGGUACGAUUGAAUGGAGUUGCUACUUUUAUUGGCAUGGUUGGUCUGGGAGUAGCACUUCUUGUACUCAUUGUCCUUGUGGCCAGAUUUUUUACUGGGCAUACAAAAGAUCCUGAUGGCACAGUCCAAUUCAAAGCUGGGAAGACUAAAAUUGGUGAUGCAAUAGAUGGAUUCGUAAAGAUAUUCACUGUUGCAGUGACAAUCGUAGUUGUUGCAGUACCAGAAGGUCUUCCAUUGGCUGUCACUCUCACGCUUGCAUAUUCAAUGAGGAAAAUGAUGGCUGAUAAAGCAUUGGUGAGGAGGCUUUCAGCCUGUGAAACAAUGGGCUCUGCAACUACCAUUUGCAGCGAUAAAACUGGGACCCUAACUCUGAAUGAGAUGACUGUGGUGGAGGUAUCUGCGUGUGGAAAGAAAAUUGAUCCACCGGACAAUAAAUCACUUCUCCCUUCUAAAGUUAUCUCUCUACUGAUUGAAGGCAUUGCACAAAACACAACUGGAAGCGUAUUUGUCCCUGAAGCUGGUGGAGCUCCGGAGCUUUCAGGAUCACCAACUGAAAAGGCAAUUUUGCAGUGGGGAGUAAAUCUUGGAAUGGAUUUUCUUUCAGUUCGAUCAGAUUCAGUUAUUAUUCAUGCCUUUCCAUUUAACUCAGAGAAGAAGCGAGGUGGUGUCGCAAUUAGAGCGUCGGAUUCUGAAGUUCGUGUACACUGGAAAGGGGCUGCAGAAAUAGUACUUGCGUGCUGCACAAAUUACAUAGAUACGGAUGGCCAUGUGGUGACGCUAGAUGAGGAUAAGCUAUCAUCUUAUAAGAAAGCCAUUGAAGAUAUGGCUGCAGGGAGCUUGCGUUGUGUGGCCAUUGCUUACAGGCCAUAUGACGCAAAGAGUGUUCCAUCCACUGCUGAAGAACUCGAAAAUUGGCAAUUACCUGAGUCAGACCUGAUUUUGCUGGCCAUUGUUGGUAUCAAGGAUCCUUGCCGACCAGGUGUAAAAGAUGCUGUCCAAUUGUGCACUGAUGCUGGUGUAAAGGUGCGCAUGGUCACUGGUGACAAUCUUCAAACAGCUAAAGCAAUUGCCUUAGAGUGUGGUAUAUUAGGAUCUAAUGCAGAUGCAACUGAGCCUAAUAUUAUUGAAGGAAAGGCAUUCCGUACCCUUACGGAAACACAGAGAUUAGAAAUUGCUGAUAAGAUUUCGGUGAUGGGAAGGUCAUCGCCAAAUGACAAACUCCUGCUUGUUCAAGCAUUAAGAAAGAGGGGACAUGUGGUUGCUGUUACUGGAGAUGGUACGAAUGAUGCUCCUGCACUACAUGAGGCUGAUAUUGGUCUUGCAAUGGGCAUCCAAGGCACAGAAGUUGCAAAAGAGAGUUCAGAUAUCAUUAUAUUGGAUGACAAUUUUUCUUCUGUUGUGAAGGUUGUCCGAUGGGGAAGAUCUGUUUAUGCCAAUAUUCAGAAAUUCAUACAGUUUCAACUUACGGUCAAUGUUGCUGCUUUGAUUAUCAAUGUUGUUGCUGCGGUUUCUGCUGGCAAUGUUCCACUCAAUGCUGUGCAGCUUCUCUGGGUGAACCUUAUCAUGGACACAUUAGGAGCACUUGCACUAGCCACAGAGCCUCCCACUGAUCAUCUUAUGCGUAGAGCACCUGUUGGUAGAAGGGAACCUCUUAUAACGAAUAUCAUGUGGAGGAAUUUGAUAAUACAGGCUUUAUAUCAAGUCACUGUGCUGUUAAUCCUCAACUUUCGGGGAAGGGAUAUCCUGAAUCUGCAGAAUGAUAACAAAGAUCAUGCUUUUCGAGUGAAUAAUACAUUGAUAUUCAAUGCAUUUGUCUUCUGUCAGGUAUUCAAUGAAUUUAACGCUCGGAAACCAGAUGAGGUGAACGUGUUUUCAGGGGUCACAAAGAACCGUCUGUUCAUGGGAAUAGUUGGCCUUGAAGUGGUGCUUCAGGUUGUCAUAAUCUUUUUCCUGGGGAAGUUUGCCACUACUGUUCGUCUGAGCUGGAAAUUGUGGCUCGUUUCCAUUGCUAUCGGUAGUAUCAGCUGGCCUCUUGCUGCUAUUGGGAAGCUGAUUCCUGUCCCCGAGACGCCCAUUGGUGAAUCCUUUUCAAAGAAAAUCCGAAGGAAGAGGGACGCUGAUGAUGGUUAAGAGACUGAUAAGAUAAGGUUUGGUUUUGGGUUUCUGCAGCAUAGGCUAACAUUUCCAUAGAAAAGAAAAGUACUAACAUUUCCAGUUUUGGUUUUUGUUUCCAUACUCUUAACUGGAAUAUUCUUUUAAUGCCUCGACCUUUUCUAAAGUCUCUUUUCCGGACUUCAUUGUAAAGUUAGCCAUUUCAUUUCUAGGUCACAUUGUGUUUAUUAUUUCAAAAUCAUAUAUACUAGUAUUAUAUAUA